CUGUUGUUUUUUUCUUCUUCUUCUUCUUCUUCUUUUUUUACCUUUGGGUUUGUGCGAACCCAGGUUCGUCACGGAACCUAGCUCCUGGGUUUGUCUCGAACCCAGGCGCUGGGUUCCAUGACGAACCCCGUGCUCGAACCCGGGAGCUAGGUUCCAUGACGAACCCUGUGCUUGGGUUCGUCUCGAAACCUAGGGGAGGGCUUUGCGACAAACCCGCACCUGGUUCAUCUCAAAACCCAGGCACUGGGUUCGUCUCGGAACCCAAGCGUGGGGUUCGCGGUGAACCCAACUCCUGGGUUCAUCUCCGAACGAAAGAUGAGGGGAUUUUCGGUUUAGGGGGAAAGAAAAUGAGGAAGAAUAUGCCGCGUGUUUCUGCUUCUCUUCUUCUUCCCCCGACAAGCCCCCCCAAGCUGCCGAUAGUUCCCCUUGAGAAACUCGGCAAAAGCUUGAAAUAUCUCCUUUUUUCUUGUUCAACCACAAGAUUUGGGGCUUAGAAUUCUCUCUCUCAACCCAGAAAAAAAUCCCAGAUCUGCUCUAUUCUUCCCCUGUCCGCGAGCUGUUUCCAUUGGGUGCGAUUUCUGGGCUUUUUCGGUUGCCGUGAAUUCCUCCAUUUCUUUUCCCCGUCGGCUUCCUUCCCAGCCGGACCCGGUGCUGCUUGCCGGAAUUUUCUGGUUCUUAAGUGUUCUAUCACCCGAGCACUUGGCUUGAGUUCCCGGUAUUACAGAUUUGAGGUAAGUAAAUUAUGGUAAAACCCUUCGAUUUCAAAGCAUGUUUUAAAUUGUUUUUGAGAUGGUGGCAAGGUUUAAAUUGAUUUUAUCAGCAUCUGAGUGUGAUUAAACUGAAAUGAAAAUUGUGAUGAUUUUUAUGAAAAUUAUUAUUUUUUGGAAUUGAGCAGGAUUGGACUGAAAAUGAGAAUUUCAUUGUUUUUCUGGAAUUGAGCAUGCCCACAUGAAAUUGUCUUCAUUUGCAUUGAAUGGAGCAUGCCUAUUUAGAAUUGACUGAACUGCUUUGAUGAACUGAGAAUUUUUCUGUAAAUGCUGGCACAUGUCGACAUGUUUAUUGAUAUGACUGGUUCAUUCUGUAAUCCUGUCAAUGGGAUAAUACAUUGGUAAUUACUGACGCCUACCAGUGGGAGUUUGUUAAACACUGGUACCAUUACUGACGCCUGCCAGUGGGAGUUUGUUAAACAUUGGUACUUCUGUAACCCUGCCAAUGGGGUUAAACAUUGGUUAUUACUGAUGCUUGUCAAUGGGAGUUGUUAAACACUAGUACCACUACUGACGCCUGCCAGUGGAAGUUUGUUAAACACUGGCCAUGACUUAUAGAUGAGACUACUACUGAAUUUUCUUCUGCAUUAACGGUUUGUCAUUGAAUGCUUUGUUAUUGAACUGGAUUUGAUUCUGCAUUAACGAUUUAUCA